AUGAAGAUUGAAGAACUCCCCGAGUCCUUCGACUCCUCCGUCAAUAUAUCUCAUCUCAAUCCAACAGAAGCAGCCCCCGAGCCCGAUCUCCUCACAGCAGCCCUCAACGCGUACGGCUCAACCCCCACCACCAGCGAUGGCACCACUCCAGCUCUCCCCCCCGCCCUCGCAGAAAUCCGCGAUAAAUCCGGACCGGAGAUGCUGGCCGACCUGAAUAAACUCCCUCUGUUCAUGACCGAUCUUGAAGAGAACGACGGGCUGGAAGCCUUGAAAGCAUUGGCAUACGAGGGAACACCGUUGGAAGUCGCAGCGGGCUUUAAAGAGCGCGGCAAUGAGAGUUUUAAGGAGAAGGGUUGGAAGGAUGCAAAGGAGUUCUAUGGGAAGGGUAUUGAUGUUCUGCUCAUUGAGGUGCGGAAAAGACAGGCCAAGUCGAAGAUAAACGAGAAGUCGAAUGGGAAAGGCAACGGAGUUGAGCAGGAGGAGGCGGCGGCGGUGGUGGUAGAUAAAGAGGAGGUCAAGAGGGAGAUUGCGGUUCUGGAAGCUUGUCUGGUGAACAGAGCUGCGUGCCAUCUGGAGUUGAAGAAUUACAGGAGCUGUACGCUGGAUUGUGGGAGCGUGCUGAGGAUCAACCCGAAGAACGUCAAGGCGCUUUAUCGGUCUUCGAAGGCGCUGCUGGCGUUGGACAGGAUAGAGGAGGCAGAUGAUGCGUGCGCGCGCGGUCUUGCCCUAGAUCCGAACAACAAAGCUUUGCAAGCCGUUGCUCAAGACCUCAUCAAGCGCCACGCUGUUGUAGCCGCGCGAAAGAAAAAGGAGCUUGAGCGGGCACAGCGACAACGAUUGGAAGCUGUGACUCUAGCUGCUGCUCUCAAAGCCCGAGAGAUCAAGACGAGAAAGACCGCGCAACCACCGGAGAUGGAAGAUGCGAAGAUACAGCUCGUGCCUGAUCCCACCGAUCCUACAUCUACACUCACAUUUCCAACUGUGUUGCUGUACCCAUUGCAUUUGGAGUCUGACUUCAUCAAAGCAUUCAAUGAGAUGGAGCCAUUAGGCCAUCACCUGAGCUAUAUCCUGCCAUUGCCAUGGGACAAGGCUGGGGAGUACACACCAUUGAAGGUGGAGUGCUACAUGGAGACCGUCACGGGAGGACUUAUCAAAGUUGGUCGCAAGGUCCCGCUGCUCAAGGUACUCAGCGAAGGAAAUGUGGAAAUCGUAGACGAGGUGGUCAAGAUCUUCGUAGUGCCGAAGGCUAGGGCGGAGGCGUGGGUGAAGGAAUUCAAGAUGAAGAAGGCCGCGGAGGAAGCUAGAGCAAAGGGCAAAUGA